UGGUUGUCCUAUUUCCAAUUGUCCACACUGCCACACAUCACAGUCAGUCAGUCAGUCACUGCGGGUCAUAGAAGUAUACUAGAAGCCUUAGCCACUGCCCACUGUGUUUCUAAUUGAAGUUUGAUGCAUAAAAAUGAAGGUGUCAGUACUAUACUUUAGUUGUCAUCAAUUGUUGGGAGCUCCAAUGAAAUCUUAUGGUAAAAACCAACAUUUCCUCUCACACAAUGGGGUGGGAAAUUAUCAUAAGAGAAAACACAAGAGUAAAUUCAACCCUGCUGUUACUAUUAGAGCUGCAUUCUCAUCUUCUCCUUCACUUGGUAGCUCUGCUUCUGAUUAUUCUGAAAAUGUGAUCAAUGAACAAGUAAAGAAGAAAAGAAGCAGCAUAGCUGGGAUAGAUCAGGAUGAGUUACUGGACCCAAGAAACUUAGCUGAUCCAGACAGUUGUUUCUGUGAGUUUAAAGGGGUGGAUAUACAUUAUAAAGUAUGCGAAGCACAACCAUCCAUGUUAGAAGAGCCAAAAGCUUCUCAGCUUGAUGAUCCGAAUAUGAAACUGGGUUUUCCGAUGAUUUUUCUCCACGGCUUUGGUGCCUCUACUUUUUCUUGGCAUCGAGUCAUGAUGCCUUUUGCGCAAAGAACCUGUUCAAAAGUUCUGGCAUUUGAUAGACCAGCAUUUGGGUUGACAUCAAGAGUUAGUCAUUUAGGGCAUUCCAAUGAUGAUACAAGGCCUCUUAAUCCCUAUUCUAUGGCAUUUUCGGUGUUGGCAACUUUGUACUUCAUCGACUUCCUUAAAUCAGAGAAGGCAGUACUUGUAGGGCAUUCAGCUGGGUCUCUUACAGCAGUGGAAGCAUACUUUGAGGCUCCUGACCGUGUUGCUGCUUUGAUUCUUGUGGCACCAGCAAUAAUAGCACCACUUUCAGCAACCAAAGAAAACAAGUCAGACAAAGAAAAUCAAGCCCAAAAAAGUUCAGAUGAACCUCAAAAUCUAUUAUCGAAGCUUGGACAGGUCCUGUCAAAGUUUUACAGAUAUAUUGCAAACACAAUAAUGCAUGUGCUGAAAGGGAUUAUGAACGUAGUUAGCUUCGUGUACACGAAAGCUAUAGUUGCGAUCUUGCGCUCAGCUAUAGCCAAAAUAUUCGUAAGGAUGAUUAUUGACAAGUUUGGUAUUGCUGCUGUUAAAAAUGCAUGGUAUGAUGUAAAUCAAGUUACUGACCAUAUUCUGCACGGUUACACCAAGCCACUACGAACGAAAGAUUGGGACAGGGCCCUCGUGGAAUAUACUGUGGCUAUGCUGACAGAUCCUCAAGCAAAACUAAAGCCGCCAUUGAAGAAUAGACUCCAAAAUAUUGCAUGUCCAGUACUGAUCAUUACGGGUGAUGGAGACCGACUUGUCCCAUCUUGGAAUUCAGAAAGGCUUUCACGAGUAAUACCUGGAUCGCAGCUUGAGGUAAUCAAGAAUUGUGGUCAUCUGCCCCACGAAGAAAAGCCAGAAGAGUUUGUAUCGAUUGUUGCAAAUUUUUUGCAGAAAGUUUUUGCUGGUUCAGAAUUAUGUUGGCAAGCAUGACGAGGUUCAGUUUUUUAUGUAUAGUUAAGCAACCUUCAACUUAUUCAGUGAUCUUAAUCUUGGAAAGAUGCUGAACCCCCUUUGGCCCUUUCCAAAGAGUCAGCCUGAUUUGUAAACCUGCAUGGGCUAGAUAUAUACAUGUAUGUGACUAAAAGGUAAUAUUGGAAAAAAAAAGUCCUUGUGUUGUA